GGAGAGGGGGGCACCCACUUCCUCCUGCUCGCCGGCUCCCUGGCCUGGGACGGUCCCGGCGCCCUCGCACCGGCCCCCCGCACCGCCACCCUCCCUGUCCUCCCCCCGUCCCACUCGCGCCCCCGGCGCCCGCCCUCGCCCGGCGCCGCCAGUCUGCUGGGCCCUCUGGGCACCCUCUCCAGCCUCCCCCCCCACCCCCCACCUCUCCCCGGAGCCAGGCUGGUUUCGGAAAUGCCCUUACAGCAGCAGGCAAAGCGAAGGCUGGAGCUGGGAGAAAGUGGUCAUCAGUACCUCUCAGAUGGUUUAAAAACCCCCAAGGGCAAAGGAAGAGCUGCACUACGAAGUCCAGAUAGUCCAAAAACUCCAAAAUCUCCCUCAGAAAAAACACGGUAUGAUACGUCACUUGGUCUGCUCACCAAGAAGUUCAUUCAGCUACUGAGCCAAUCCCCCGAUGGGGUCUUGGAUUUGAACAAGGCAGCCGAGGUGCUUAAAGUGCAAAAGAGAAGAAUUUAUGACAUCACCAAUGUGCUGGAAGGCAUCCACCUCAUUAAGAAGAAAUCGAAAAACAACGUCCAGUGGAUGGGCUGCAGUCUGUCUGAGGAUGGGGGCAUGCUGGCCCAGUGUCAAGGCCUGUCAAAAGAAGUGACCGAGCUCAGUCAAGAAGAGAAGAAAUUAGAUGAACUGAUCCAAAGCUGCACCCUGGACCUCAAACUGCUAACCGAGGAUUCAGAGAAUCAAAGGUUAGCUUACGUUACAUAUCAAGAUAUUCGAAAAAUUAGUGGCCUUAAAGACCAAACUGUUAUAGUUGUGAAAGCCCCUCCAGAAACAAGACUUGAAGUGCCUGACCCAGUAGAGAGCCUGCAAAUACAUUUGUCAAGUACCCAAGGACCCAUUGAGGUUUAUUUGUGUCCAGAAGAGACUGAAACACACAGUCCCAUGAAAACAAACAACCAAGACCACAAUGGGAAUAUCCCUAAGCCCACUUCCAAAGAUUUGGCUUCAACAAACUCAGGACAUAGUGAUUGCUCCAUUUCUACAGCAAGCCUUUCUCCUUUGGCCUCCCCAGCCAACCUUUUACAGCAGACUGAGGACCAAAUUCCUCCCACCCUAGAAGGACCCUUUGUGAACUUAUUGCCCCCCCUGCUCCAAGAAGACUAUCUGCUAAGCCUUGGGGAGGAAGAGGGCAUCAGUGAUCUCUUUGAUGCUUAUGAUUUGGAAAAGCUCCCACUGGUGGAAGACUUUAUGUGUAGUUGAUUCUGCUU